AUUCUCCGGUGAGGAGCAUGGAUUGCGAGGUUCCGUACAAUCGAAACUCUCAGGACAGGACAGUAGGAUGGUUCAAGCCAGGCACUACAGGCAUCUGCAAGAGAUGUGCCACAAGAAUAAACAAAACCAAGAAGACGUUGCACAGCUCCUUGACCUUGAAUUUGAGGGAAGAAGGCAGUUCAUUGAUUCGGAAGCCCUAAAGGAAGCGGACAGACCAGGCAAAAUCCUUGAGGCAUACUCGUGCUUCAAGAAUAUCGACCAUGUUCUUGAUGAGCUGCGACGAAUAGUUGCGAAGGACAACGUGCACUACGUGAAAGAGCUGAGGGAGCGUUGGGCAGACUUCAGAACCAAACUCACCUUUUAUGGCAUCUACAAGAAGGCACUGAAGCCCCUGCUGGGACUUCCUGCUGAUGAGCAAGCCAUUGAUCUAAUCAUCUCACUGCCAGCUAUGUUCCCUUCCGGUUACCCUGCACCAAAGAAGAUGGCAUCUCCAUCAGAGGCACUCAUUCAUGUUCUAUCACCCACAGAGGACCCAGAUGUAUACCUAAGAAGACGGCCACUCGCCACACCGUUUGUCCUAGUGGGAGAGGGAAACUGCUUUCUCUGCGCUGGAAAUGCUCCUGUCGCAUCAUUCCCUAGGAGCGGUCUUGGGGAAUCCGUCCUAUACAUCAUGGCGUACUACUACGCUUUUCAUAUGACGUACCCGAAAUGUGUGGCAUCUGUUCUUUCGAUCCUUCAGACCGAGGUCUUGGGUGAUAAGAUUCAUGAGAAAGACCAAACCACGGCCUUUAAACGUGCCAAAGCUGACUGGCAAGCCUUUCUUGACUAG